CCCCAUCAUCGUGACUCUGUGGCGGGGGUGGGGUUAGGGAUAUGGGGAACGAACGAGAAAUUUAUUAUUUUUAAUAAAACAUUCGUAUCAGCAAUCCUAAGCAAAGCGUUCGACUUUGAAUGAUAAAUCAUUUCCCUUAAUCGUGAGAAUUAUCGAUUUUGUGGGAAUGAUUAAAAAAAAUAUGGUGUUUUUAAAAAAAACUUUUUUAACUGGGGUCUUUUGAAAAUAUAAUGUUUGUGAUCAUUGGGUCUGAUAUAAUCUUAUAUUGAUAGAAGCAAUGUCUAUGUUAAUGAAAACAAAACACGUAAAACGCACCGGUCUGAUGCACGCGAAUUCCCCCACCGUCUUUGUUUCUGAGAUAUUUAACUCUUUGUUUUUAUUUAAUCAUUGCUGUUUUGUUUUCUAUUUGCCGAUUAUCUCGUUCUCAUGCUUGUUUAUAAUUUUUUUUCAAGGUCCUAUCUGGACGGGGAAAUUGAAAAACAUGGUUUAGUCCACUACGACGUGAGAGAAAUCCUGCGUGUGUGUACACCAGGGAAUCCCAUAGUUUAGCGUAAUUAUGUCCAUGCGACUCCCAUCAUCCAAUUUGUUUGGAGCUAAUGAAGCACCUCAGUUUGACACGUGGAACUUGGCAAAUAGACCUCAUAUAUGCGAGCCUUACACGCUAACCACAAAAUACAGACAAUGUAAGAACCCUGUCACCCGGAAAUUUAAGGGCGUGAUCGGUUUCAAGCGGAAGCGGCGCCCGGAAUCACGUGCCGAGAGCGAGGGAGGGGAAUCAAUUCAUAGCCACGCCACCUCCGACCUUGACCUGGACAAGGAAUUCCCUGAUGACUUCGAUUACGAUGAAAGAAAAAGUAUGUCAGAAGAAACGUUGCCUACCUCAACCCAAGUUGAAGUAUUGGAUCCGCCUCCGGAUUUUGUCACUAGAACUGAAGUUCAGGAUGACACAGACCCAAAGGUGAUAAUCAAACGUACUCCAUCCCAAGAGCUGUACAUCCGGGCAUGCAAAUUUCUUGAUGUCGUCCCUGUGUCGUGUUUUAUGCGCCAUCUAGAGGACGAAAAAAUUCAGCUACGUCAUCAUUUUUUGGGGUCGGAUGGAACAAAAGCUUGUUGCAUGGCACUUCUGAGUAACUCGACAGUGACGUCACUUGAUCUCACGGACACAAAUCUGGGCGUGGACGGGGCCCGCCAUAUUGCUGAUCUCCUGCGGGAAAACCACUUCAUCACGGAUCUGACAUUGGCAGAAAAUACACUGGGUAUAGACGGAAUAAAGCCAAUUCUAGAUGUCAUGGAACAACUGGACAACAUCAUCAGUCUCAAUCUGUCAGGUACAGGGCUAAAAGAGAAAGAUGCUGAGGGAUUCCGAGGAAUUUUUGAAGAAACUCAGCACUUAAAGCGACUGGUGCUAAGCCAUAAUGAGUUCCGCGAGGUUGGAGGAGAAAUCUUCGGAGAGCUGAUCGGUUACAAUGACACCCUAGAAGUCCUAGAUUUAAGCUGGAACCAUUUACGAAAUGACGGUGCUAAAGAACUGGCAGCUGGGCUGGAGGACAACAAGGGUUUGCGGUUACUAGACGUCUCGUGGAACGGUUUUCAUCAGAUGGGCUGUCAGCACCUGGCGGACGCUCUGCAAGUGAAUACGGAGCUUCAGGAAUUGAACCUGAACUGCAACAGAAUCAACAAGGACUGUCUAGAGAAACUACUGAAGGGCUUCAAACAAAACUCCACACUCAGGACGCUCAGGUUGGCCUGGAAUCCGAUUACGUCAGCAGGUGCGCAGUUGGUUCUGAACAUGUGCGAGGAAAGAACGGACGUGGGACUGAAAGAAAUCGACAUUCACACCCAGAUAGUAGAGCCGUCCUUCGCGGACGGAGCUCACAAACUGGACAAUGAGCGGGGCAUUAAGAUCCUGUACGGGAUGGUGCGGGGUCAGGAUAUGGGGGAUGGGGAUCAGGACGAAGACGGCCUACUACAGGAAAACCCCACCCUCGUCCUAAUGGAGUUCGCGCGUCUGAUGGGGUUCAGGCCCAUCGAUCUUCUGUCCACAUUUGACAAGGAUAAGAGCAACUCUCUAGACAAGGAGGAAAUUAAAAUGGGACUCAAGCUGUACUGUAUCCCGCUGUCAGACCGCUGUCUGGAUUUCAUGGUGCAAAAACUAGAUGUAGAUGGAGACGGAGAAAUCGAUCUCAAUAGAACUCAAGAGGACAGGGAGGUUAUGCAGGCAAAGGUGGAGUACAAACUAAAGGAAAGAGAAAUGCACAACGCUUCUAAAAACUGGAACUUUGCCAUCGAAAACACAGAGAUCGGACGCGUGAGGAUUAAACUUCAGAGGUUGAUGCAGAGGAAAAUGGACGGAAAUCCCACAUUCCGGGCACGUGUGGAUUUAUUCCAAGAGGCCCUCAAAGAGGGUAAACUAAAGAGCGUGUUCAACGACAAAAAGGAGAAGGCGAAAGAACGGGAGCGGAUUCAACAGCGGCGACUAAACAAACGGCAGCAAGCAGAGGAUGAAAUCUUACAGGAAAACGAGGACGAUGCAAAAUUAAAACUUGACUUAGGAAUAGAAGCCGAGGAUACGACAGCUGAGACGUCAAGAAUUGGGAGCGGAUCCAGGAGGGAGAGUACACGUCCAAGUUCGGAACAUGAAAGACUAACAGGGAGAAGUGAAAACAAUUCACACAAUAAGAACUCUACUAGUCUCUCGCAAUCACCAAAAACUUCCCGGCCAAAUUCUGGUCGCCCCGCGUCAUCCACGCGUCCGCGUUCUUCUCAUCAGAGAGGGGCGCGUAACUCGGGGGGAGGAUCUUCCCGGCCAAGCUCUUCUAAUGUAAACACGGGAAGGACAAGUGUGGACACAGCAAGGACAGAUUCUAGAACCGUGUCUUCUCAUUCAAACACGGAGAGGAGGAACGGGUCAAACGGAAACGAUUGGAAACCUCUCAAUUUCUGAAUUUAGUGGAUAUUAAUUUUGUGGAAUGAGUACGCUAGAAAUAUUUCCGUAACAUAGGAUAUAUUAAGUAAAUCAAAAAAUUCUUGUGUCAGUUAUUCAAUUUAAUUUCUGUGAUUAAUUAACCAAUUCUACCAAAAGAAAUGUAUGUUCAACGAGAAGUCACAUUGAAGAAAUUAAAAUCAAAAUUUAAAAGAUAAUACAUUCCAGUUUAUUAAAAAGG